GUUAACAUUAAUCAGAGCAAGUCACUUUGUUGUUGACCCUAGGUUUCCACACCUGAGUUUUAUUCCAAUCCCCUGAUUUCCAAUUGAGCCUGACCACCUUCGACUCAGGAAAAUGGCAGAAGAUUGUCCAUCCAUGCUGCUUCAUCAAGCCACUGCCUCGAAUAAGAACUUGCUUCUAUCAGGGAUGAUUGGGAUGAUACCACCUUUUGCCACCGGGUGUUGUAUGAUCUAUUCCACGGUGUCUCUACCUCAUUAUCAGAAUCCUGAGCUCCAACUCCUGGAAACCCAUUUGGACUUGGAUCAAUCUUCGUGGUACAUAAGUAUCCUUUUGUUGGCAAGUUUGGUUGGCACCUUGGCAGGCGGAUUUCUGAGCGACAUCAUUGGUCGAAAGAAGACCUUAAUCAUCAGCGGAUGUAUCAUGGUCGUCGGCUGGAUUGGCACCUAUUUGGCAGCCACUUUCCUCACUCUCAUAGCAUCCCGUCUGAUUCUUGGGAUCUCCUGUGGCUUGAAUCUAUCCACCAAUCUUAGCUUGUUGACUGAAAUCUCCAUCAUCCGCUUGAGAGGCACCUUUUGCACCCUCAACACCAUGCUCAUCAAUCUGGGCAUGAUGUUUGGUCUUAUCUAUGGGGCAGUUCUCCCUCAGCAUCUCCAACUACCUUUGAGCGCUGCGCCCUGUUUCAUUUUCCUGGCCUUGGCUUACUUUGUGCCGGAAUCUCCUUUGUGGCUGGUGAAGAAACGUAGGUUUACAGAGGCCGAUUCAGUUUUGCAAUAUCUUAGAGGACCAACUUACAAUUACGCAGUGGAAAUCAAGGAGUUGAGCAACGUUUCCCAACAAAGAGAAGACGAAACCUUCCAGGAAAAGGUCACUUUCCUCAAAAGCCCGGCCGUAAUUAAGCCUAACAUUCUCAUGGCAGUAUUGAUGAUUCUUCAGACCACUUGUGGGGCUGACACGCUUUGCUACUAUGCUUUGGACAUCUUCCGCGAAGCCAAAACCCCUUUGAAUGAAUAUGUCCUGGCCAUCCUUUUGCAAGGGGGCUUCACCCUUGGGUACAUUGUGUCUUCCUCAAUCAUGAACCGAGUGGGUCGACGGAUUCAUUACACGCUCUCGGCUGGUUUGGUGGCCUUAAGUAUGUUCACCUUAGCUUUCUCCCUGAUCAUCCGGGAAAAUGCGAGCGAAAAUGUGCAAGACCUUUUAGGGAUCAUCCCACCCAUUGCCGUCCUUUUGGGCGCUCUUGGAUAUGGUUGUGGUGUUGGACCAGUGGUGUUUGCGUUGAUUGGGGAAAUCUUUCCCCCUCGAGUUAAAGGCAUUUGCGCUUCACUCUCUCUGUCUUGCAGGGACCUCACGGCCUUUGUGCUCCUUAAAUCCGUCCCGACUUUGACCUCGUUCCUCACGAUUCCAAUUCUAUUCGCGCUUCAUGGAGUGAUCGCAGGAUUGUCUUGCGUUGUGGUCUUGCUAUUUCUGCCUGAAACUAAGGGACUUUCAUUAACAGAAUUGCUCCGGAUUUUCGAUAAAGAGAACGAAAUCUUUGCUACCGCUCGAGCCCAACAACAGGAAGCUAAUGAGAAUCAAAUCUUCAACCAGGGGCCCAUUCCGGCUUUGCCCAAUGCUCCACCAGCCUAUGCCCAAGCCAUUAAUGCGGCAUCUCCACCAUGGAAACCAAUUGAUGUUUAAGAAAAUUAGGAUCGUGCAAUUAGGAAACAAAUCACCUGAAAAGUAUUCAUUCUUUAUGUAAAAGCCUUGAAUUUGUUCGAAAAUAAAGGUAGAUUAUUAUUGGUC